UCUAAAAAUAGCUCGGAGUGAUUGCCCUUGUGCAACACACAACAGCCACGACUUUUGGGAUUGACCAUGCGGAUGGAGUUUUCUUGUGAUAAUAACAAUUUAACGAAAAUUUAUUUACCAGAUUUUCAUAUACGAAGGCAUUCGUGUUUAAGAAACUUUAAAAGAUACAAAAGUAUAGGACAAUUAAAAUAAUAAUGCCGAAGAAAAACAAGAAAGGGAAGGGGUUUAAACCGAAGGCGGGACUAGAUUCCCUGCCAGGCAGUGAUGAUGACAGAGAGACAGCUGAUAACUGGAGUACAGCUAGUGUUUUAUCUGAUGAGGGAGUGAGCAGCAUCCCCUCAGAGGACGGCCCUGAUGAAUCCUCUGCUCAAGAGAAUUUUGAAGACAAGUUGAAAGACUGUAUUGAUGGGCUUACAGAGAAAAGUGCUCAGAGCAGGAAGAAUGCAUUGGAAGGAGUGAUGAAAGCCUUGUCCAAGAAAUAUCUACUGGAUUUCCUAAUGGACAGGAAAAUGACCCUAUCUGACUACUUGCUGAGGUGUCUGAAGAAAGGGAAGGGGGAGGAACAGGUGCUUGCUGCCAAGUGUCUGAGUCUGCUGUGUGUACAGAUGGGGCUGGAGGCGGAGGACCUGUUCACCGAGAUACAGCCCCACCUACUGACAGCCAUGAACGACAACUCAGUGGCACUGAAGGCCAGGUCACAGUGUGCUAUUGGCUUGGCUGUCUGCAAUUUUGUAUCCUGUUCAGAUAUUGAUGUUGUGAUGAAAGUAUUAGAGGCCCUGGAGGGAAUCUUUAAGAGUUCCUACAGAAAGGGAGAUAAAUCCAUCCCCUCCCACCCCCCUGAGACCACGCACCUUCACGCCACCGCCCUCGGUGGCUGGAGUCUACUGCUCUCUAUAGCUCCCUCAUUUCUAGUGACGAAGCUGUUAGAAAAGCAUCUUGAACACCUGCCCGACCUGCUACACAGUGCUGAUGUAGAACUUAGAAUAGAAGCUGGUGAAACUAUUGCUCUUCUUUACGAGUUAGCCAGAGAAGAAGAUGAGGACUACGAAGGAAAAGAUAUUGACAGUCUUUGCGAGACUUUGAAGAAGCUGGCCACUGACUCCAACAAACACCGGGCCAAGAAAGACCGGCGUCAACAAAGAUCCAGCUUCAGGGACGUCCUCCGGGCAGUAGAGGAGGGAGAUGUACCAGAGCUGACCAUUAAGUUUGGAACAGAGUCAGUCAUCAUUGACUCUUGGACAAGGAAGAAGCAGUAUGAUGCCUUCUGUGCCGUGCUUGGUUCAGGUGUCUACCAACAUCUACAGGAUAACUUUGUAGUACGAGAAGUGUUUGGACUAGGGGCACCCAUACCUGUUGGAGCAAAACCAGCUCAGAAGAUAACCAAAUGGGAGCGGACCCAUUACAAUGCUGCUGCUUUCAAAGCCUUAACCAAAGCCCGGUCUAAGCACCGCGAUAAACGCUCCGUCAUGAUGAACGGGGACUAACAGGGCGACAUUACUAGGUGACCUCCGCGUUCUGUGGAUGACCUCUACAAGAAGGAAAAAACCUCCAGCUUCAUAAACCUCUCUCAAGCUGUACUACUAUUAUCUGUGAUUUUGUCAUCAGUGAUGUCACUGAUGAUGUCAUCAUCAAUUUAUGAUGUAAAAGUGUUAUGGUGUAAAUUUGAUUUUAAUGUAAAAUGUAUAUAUUAGAUGUGUGCUGUUUUUUUAAUUUUAAAUGUAUGAACUGUGCUAUUUUGUUUGAUUUUUUUUUUUCAUCUGCAAGUGUAGAACCUAGUAUUUAAAUUAUUGAUAUCAUUUUCAUUGUUUAUGGUUUAGCAUUGGCUAUGGGUAUGACACCAUAUAUUUUUUUCUUUGUUAUACUAUGAUCUGAGUUAUAGAAUGUCCCAGGCAAUUUUUUGUUCAUUUGUUGAUAUUUUUCUGGUCCUCAUGACAUCUUUUUUUCCCUUGCUUUAGUAAAGUACAUGUACACAAAUGUACAUUUAGGUGAAACACAUGUUUAUUUUUUUUUUUGUUUAAUUUUUUUUUGGCCACAAUUGUACUUGGAUGAAAAAGUAAUGCUAAUGGUAUCUUGACCUUGAAUGCGAAAGGUCUUAUUUGAACAUUAUUAUUUGUUCGCAGUAUAAGUACAUAUAUUUUUGGGACAGAAAUGGAACUAUGUUCAAAUCACCAUUAAAUAUGAUUUAUUUUAGAAGUAAAAAUGAUUAUAAUGAAAAUUAAUAACCGAUGCAUCAGAAAAAGAAAGAAAUAUUGAAAACUGUCAAACAACUUGCAUAAUACUGAUGUUAAAGAAAGUUUUUUUCAGACAGAUAAACUGCCAUCAUUUGCGAUGGUGUCACUUUGUUUGAGAGAAUUACUUCGGAAAAUGAAAUCAUUUUUGCGUGUGUUGUCUUCACUGCCAUUCAUACAAUGUAAAUUGACCCCCACCCCCAUCUAUAUAGUUUUAUUGAUUCAAUACUCAGGUGAAGAGUUUUGAAAUAAAAAUAUUUUGUUUUAUUUUGUAAAUUAAGGUUAAUUUUACUAUUAUCGUUGGUCUUAUAAAAUACAAUAUGGGAAAUUUUCAAGGACAAAAUUCAAGUUGUACCAUGUCAGACAAAACAAAACCCAAAAAAAAUUUGCGAGUGAAAAAUAAAAAUUACUGAGUCAAGGAAAUACGUGUAAAUGGUUGUUCCUUAUUUUAAAAAUAUUAUUCAUGUAUUUAUGAUUUUUUAAAAAAAAUGAUUGUACAUUCAGUCCAUAGUCAUGUUUAUCUAUCUGUGAAAGCGGGUCAUAUUUGUCAUUCUUAUAGUUGCAAUUCAGGCAAAAAUAAUUAAGUGACUUUAAAAGAAUUAGAACACUCUUAAAACAUUUUGGUUUAAUAGAUAUCUGUUUGAAUGUUGAACUCAAUGUUUUUUUGACCGCCUUACAGUGAAAAAUAAAUACAUACAUUCUGAAGA